GCGAGAGGCCCGCGAUCUCGUAGCUCCCCCUCCCUUCCCUCUGCCUCCCGGGCUCCGGCUGCAGCGUCAGCCUCGGUCCGGCCUCUGUGGCUGCCGCGGCCCCGAUCCCUCGGCUUCAGCCCCUGCGUCCCUUGGCGCCUCUCGUCCCCGAUCCGCAGCGCCGCCCAUCCUCGCCCCCCCGGCGCCGGCCUAGGCCGCGGCCGCAGCCCCGCGCUCGCGUCGGCGCCGCCCGCUCCCGGCCCGCCCCCUAUGGGCCCCGGCUAGAGGCGCCGCCGCCGCCGGCCCUCGGAUCCCCGAUGCUGGCCCGGAGGAAGCCGGUGCUGCCGGCGCUCACCAUCAACCCCGCCAUCGCCGAGGGCCCGUCCCCCACCAGCGAGGGCGCCUCCGAAGCAAACUUGGUGGACCUGCAGAAGAAGCUAGAGGAGCUAGAACUUGACGAGCAGCAGAAGAAGCGGCUGGAAGCCUUCCUCACCCAGAAGGCCAAGGUCGGGGAGCUCAAGGACGAUGACUUUGAAAGGAUCUCGGAGCUGGGAGCCGGGAACGGUGGGGUGGUCACCAAGGUCCAGCACAGACCCUCGGGCCUCAUCAUGGCAAGAAAGCUGAUCCACCUGGAGAUCAAGCCAGCCAUCCGGAACCAGAUCAUCCGUGAGCUGCAGGUGCUGCAUGAGUGUAACUCCCCGUACAUCGUGGGCUUCUACGGGGCCUUCUACAGCGACGGCGAGAUCAGCAUCUGCAUGGAGCACAUGGACGGUGGCUCCCUGGACCAGGUGUUGAAAGAAGCCAAGAGAAUCCCCGAAGAGAUCCUGGGGAAGGUCAGCAUCGCGGUUCUGCGGGGCCUGGCGUAUCUCCGGGAGAAGCACCAGAUCAUGCACCGAGAUGUGAAGCCAUCCAACAUCCUCGUCAACUCCCGAGGGGAGAUCAAGCUGUGCGACUUCGGGGUGAGCGGGCAGCUCAUCGACUCCAUGGCCAACUCCUUCGUGGGGACGCGGUCCUACAUGUCUCCGGAGCGGCUGCAAGGCACUCACUACUCGGUGCAGUCAGACAUCUGGAGCAUGGGCCUGUCCCUGGUGGAGCUGUCCAUUGGAAGGUACCCCAUCCCCCCGCCGGACGCCAAGGAGCUGGAGGCCAUAUUUGGCCGGCCCAUGGUCGACGGCGCAGAAGGAGAGCCUCACAGCAUCUCGCCGCGGCCGAGACCCCCCGGACGCCCCAUCAGCGGUCAUGGGAUGGACAGCCGGCCGGCCAUGGCAAUCUUUGAGCUGCUGGACUACAUCGUGAACGAGCCUCCUCCCAAGCUGCCCAACGGCGUCUUCACCCAGGACUUCCAGGAGUUUGUAAAUAAAUGCCUAAUUAAGAACCCAGCAGAGCGAGCAGAUCUGAAGAUGCUCAUGAACCACGCCUUCAUCAAGCGGUCCGAGGUGGAAGAAGUGGAUUUUGCCGGCUGGUUGUGUAAAACGCUGCGGCUGAACCAGCCCAGCACGCCCACGCGCACCGCCGUCUGACGGUCCCACCACCAACAGACCCGCUCCCCCCCCGCCCCUCCCGCUGCACCCUCCGCGGGGAUGCGCGCGUGGCCCUCGGGCCUGGGGAGGCCGACGCCGCUGUGCUGUCUUCUCAGAACCUGCUUCCUUAGGUUUAAAGAAAAAAACCGAAACAAAACAGGGAAAGAAAACGCAAACGUGCCGGUUGUGCUUCUUGUGCCUCGUCCUUGGGGUGUCAGCCUUGGUCCAGCCCGGGGUGGGCGCCUCUGCGAGGGCGGCCCCACCCCCGAGAGACAGGCCUGGCGUUGGGCACUGGCUUUGCUCCUUUCCCAGGGCUGAAGCCUCGGGGGGACCCCCAGCCGUGGGUGACUUUCACCAGAAGAGAAGGGGGCUGCCGCCUUGGGGUGCGUGUGUGCCCCCAGCCUGGCAUCUGCCCCUUGGAGGUGGCCCUCCCGGCCCGCAAGAGCCAUCGGGCCCAGUGGCUCUCGUGGGGUCCCCUCCCCGCCCCGCCGCCCCGGCGGCUCCAGCCUCGGGCCAUGCAGCCUGUCCUCAGCAGUGCGUGACCUGCCCCCUGGGAGGGACCUCCGGGUCCUCUCCUGUGCUUCGGGGAACAGAGACUUCUGACAGCUCGCAGCAGCCUGAGCUGACACUCGCUCCGCAGAAAGGAAGCCUUGGGUUUCCAAGCUGUCCUGUGGUUGAAGCCCCAGCAGAUCCUGCAGAUAAGGCCCGCUCCCCUAUGCCUGCAGGCCGACAGACGUGGGCGGGUGGCUCUGUGUCACCUCCGCUCGCCCAGCAAAUCAGAAGUGACCACCCAAGGCACGUCACUGUCUCGGGCCUUGAACCGUUCGACCGCAGCGGAUCGGAAAUGAGAUGGUGGGGGUGAGGCUGUCCUUACUCCUGGUGGCCAUUGAGGUGUCCAGCCAGGCCCCCUGCAGGGGUCUGCAUGAGGUCCGAGGCCCGAGACCCAGCCUUUCCGCCUUCAGGGCCGUACCACCUCCAACGGAGAAGGCCGCCUCUGGGCCAUCGGGCAGUAGGAAGUGGUGGAGGGCAGGGCUGCUUCUAAGCCCUCCCCUCCUGCAGGCUCUCUGAAGAUGAAGCUGUGAGUCUCCCCACAACCCCAGUACUUCCUGAAAGCUUGAAAUGAGCCGAUAUUUAUCUGUGAUAAAUCGCAGAGGAAGGGUUCUCGUAGAGCAGCGGUCCUGGUGCAAGCCACACCGGCCCCGCGUUUCUGGAGAAGGUACAGCUGAAGGUGGGGGACUGUGGCCCUCUGGGAACUGCUGGGUCCUUUUCUUCCUAGGGAGACCCUUCAAGUCUCCUCUGUUUUUUCCUGUGGUCACCAAAGAGAAGACAAGUUGGUAGCUGUUCCAACCAGCUUUCCAGAUUUCUGCCACCUCGUAGUUGCCCCCAAAGUCUUUCCUGAUUUAGAAAAGAAUAAAAAAGAUAACUAAAAGUGAUGGAGGUGUCGCUCUGUGGGUACCCCAGCUCCCUCCAGAGCUUCAGAGGGGGAAGGGGGCCUAACGGGUGACUGUGACUCAGCGUCUUGGCCCGUGGGCGCCCGGCGCUGGCAGUCACAGCCCCAUCGUCGGGCCAGUCCUGUACACGUCAGGCUGUGGGCCUGACCAAUGUCUGUUAACAGAGCCGACUGCCGUUUGCAAGGAGUGAGACCACAUUGACGGGGUUCCUAGGGGUGCGGGUGAAUCAGGUCGGUGGGGUAAGGCCUCCAGCGUUGCUGGGGGAGCACGGAUCGAAAGCAGGCGCCUCCCCCAGCCCAUCGGCUCCAGCCACCCACCGUCUGCUGUGUUGCUUUGCCAGGACCCCGAGGCGCCUCAGGAAAGGACCAGAGAGACACUUGGCGCUUACCCUUCCCACUCCGAGUCAGCCAGGAACACGCCAGAGCCUUGGAGACCGUGAUGAAAGUGUCCGACUUUAACAGCCAGGGGUCUCCCUCCCUCCCCCGCCCCCCCGCCCGCUUCCUCGCUCCCGCUCCCUGCAAACGUCCCUAGACUUGGCCCCCUCUGCUCCCACACCCCGACACCCCGUCUCUCCCCGGUUCACAGUGGUCCAGGCCUGGCUGCUCCCAGCGAUCUGGCCAAAGGUGACCACAGGCAGGCCUGGGGACGCUGCUGCCUGUCCUGUCGAGGUCCUCUCUUGCAAGGGGGCAGGCUCUUCUCCCUGAAACAUGUAACAUCUGUUGGUUUUGGGGUCUCCUGACGUGUAGGGGUCCAGGCAGAAGGGGGGGUCAGGCAGCCAGGCUGCUGGACCCUCCCGAGCUUCUUGUGAGAGACUGUGUUCUGUGUCAAGGUUCCCCGUGGCUCUUCCUUAAACCCCGAGACGGCCAAGUGCGUGAGAUGAUGCAGCCGCCCUGUUCGGGGCCCCUGGGACCCCCAGCGCCCCUCUGUCUAACCUCUUUGUCCAAAAACAAAUCAAUCAGGAAAUGAAUCCAAGAGCUUCAGAA